AUGAGCGGCGCCUGCACGAGCUACGUGAGCGCCGAGCAGGUGGAGGUUCGCGGCUUCAGCUGCCCGCGGCCGGGGGGCGAGGCGGCCGCCGUCUUCUGCUGCGGCUUCCGCGACCAUAAGUACUGCUGCGACGACCCGCACAGCUUCUUCCCCUACGAGCACAGCUACAUGUGGUGGCUCAGCGUUGGCGCUCUGGUGGGCCUGUCCAUAGCAGCGGUGGUCCUCCUGGUCUUCAUUGUCACCGCCUGUGUGCUUUGUUACCUGUUCGUCAGCUCCAAACCCCACACCAGGCUGGAUCCAGGAUUAAAUUUACAGACUCCAGGUUCCGAGGAGCCCCAACCUGACCACCCAGAUGGGAACACAGGAGUUGUCAUGCAGGCGACAGAAGCGAGUCCCCUUGGACAAAAUGACCUUUUCCCGAGCCAACCACUGGAACACAGUGAGAGGCAGCCUCCAGACCCCAAGCGCCCUCUUCAGCACUGCUUCAUGCCAACUGUGACUGCCAGUGACAUUCCAGGCAGUCCUGAGGAGGCCCCUCUCCCCAGUCCAGACCCACGUGGACCAGGGCCAUAAGCACGCAAUAAAAAUCACCACACCACA